UCAACACUACACCUAUAGGACACUGAUGGUUUACUUCGCUUUGCUGAUCUUAUAGCCAGUAAUUAUCAUGCAGCUCAGCUUUAGCCUGUACAUUCUGGAUAAUUAAAACUGUAUAUAAUUGUAAUUCACAGCAUAUCAGAUUAUCUGCAUAUCAAAAUAUCAUCAGUAUAUACACUGGGUAUAACUUUGUACAUAUGCAAUGUACAUAUAUCAUAUUAUAAAUUAAUUUUUACUCCCCACUGCACAUUUUCACUGCCCAUUUCUUUGCUCUAUAAUAUGUACAUAUAUGUAAAUAUUGAUCUAUACUUUUCAGUUUGCUCAAUGCUGUUAUUUGCACUUCUGGUAAAUACUAAACUCUGGUUACUGUGUGCAAUACAGGUACUGUGCAAUUACAAUAAUGUUUAAGAUUUAUUUUGACACUUCUGAGACAUGAACACUGAUUGCCCAUUAGUCCUGAAAGACCAAGACUGCUUUUGCGUCACACUUUUCAAGUUUCAGCCAAUCCGAUGCUGCAGGAGCAGCAGCUCGAGCUUCCGGUCAGAGCUCGCGCUUCUGGAGAACGCAGUAAUUAACGAACAGGGAAUGAUGCUGCAUGCGCGCGCCCCGUACACUCCCUGUUCCUCACCCAGCAGCAACCAACAGCGACUUUUAAAGAUUUUAACACUAAGCUGGAUUUAUAAAGUAUGGGUGAAGAAGACAUGGUGUGCAGACCAGCAGCGCUGAAAUUCACUAUUGAUCACAUCCUUAAGAAGGACUUUGAUGCCAACCGCCAGAAUUCACAGCUCACCUCGGAGAGCAGCUGUUCAUGUGAAGAUCAGAAAUGCCACGAUACAGAGCACAGAGUUAGUGACAUCUGUGGCCACUCUCUGGGCAUCACAACAGAAGAAGGAAGUGGAAACUUUCCCAUAACUUCCAAUACAAACAGCAGCAGAGAUGGCCUUUUGAAGCAUCAGCAAAGCCAGAAGAAGACCAAACAGCUGGCGAAGAAGAAGAAGAAAACACGAACCAUUUUCUCCAAAAGACAAAUCUUCCAGCUUGAAUCGACUUUUGACCUAAAGCGAUAUCUGAGCAGCGCUGAGCGUGCAUGCCUGGCCAACUCCUUACAGCUUACUGAGACGCAGGUGAAGAUCUGGUUUCAGAACAGAAGGAAUAAACUGAAGCGGCAGAUCUGCACAGACUUUGAGGGGCCGUACAGAGGAAGUGUAGGGAGCAGUGUUUUGGGAGGAUGUUUGUUGCCCAUGCCUGUUCCACUUGUGUAUACAGGGAGCAUUCCACAUUACCUCUAUCUCUCCCAUGCCAGCAAAUUUUUCAGCCUUUUUGAAGGAGACACGUGAUUUCCCACAACACUGACUUAAAAAAAAACCCUAAAUAUAUAUCUUUUUGCAUGGAAAAAACACAAACAUUUUAGAAGAAGCACAAUACUGGACUGAAAAUCAAUGAACUUGUGAUAUACAUUAUAGUCACACAAAAAUAAUAUUAAACAAUAAUUGUAUUGUACUAUGCAAAAUGUUAAUAGGGGAAACAUCGAGCAGUUCCCUAUAAGCUUUAUCACUCAUGUGACACUUGAUAAAAUGAUAAGAUUACCUUUUACCAUUUAAAAACAAAAUAUUAUACAAAAUCCUUGCUAAAAUGACAAUCAAGAUCUUUGAUAAAGGAUCUAGUUUUUAUUAUAAAGGGAACAUGUGAUUGAAAUAGAUUUUGGAGGAGUAUAUAGGUUACCAAUAUUUGGGUUUCAUAAUUUAGUGAGAUAUAUACUGGUAUUUCUAACUACCUUCAAUACAAUAAAAUGUCUUAA